AAAUUGAAAAUUAUGAAUUCCUUAAAUGAAAGAAAUAGUAACUUUAAGCCUAUACAAACCAUGGAAGAAAUAUUUGUGAAGAAUUAUACAGAGGCAGAAGCUGAGGAGUAUUUCAGAUAUAUGAAUAGUAAAGAUGGGAAUAGAGAAGAAUUAAAUAUGACAUCCCCAGGAUUAGAAGAUGAUCUACAAAAACUCUAUGUAGAAGAUCUGGCUAAAGUCUAUCGAGAGUGCAGUUUUACUUAUAAUCCAAAAUUUAAUGAUUUAUCUGUUUUAUCCAUGAAAGACGAGAUACUGUCUAUAAUUGAGACAAAUUCUGUAGUCAUUAUUCAGGGACCAACCGGCUGUGGAAAAACAACUCAGAUUCCACAAUACAUUCUUAAUGCUUACAUGAAGAAGAAGCUUAACUGCAAUAUUAUAGUUACGCAACCAAGACGAAUUGCUGCAAUAAGUGUUGCCAAAAGGGUCAGCCAAGAAGGAGGUUGGGAUCUUGGUAGCCUUGUGGGCUAUAUAGUAGGCAUGAAAAGGGAAAUUUCAAAUGAAACCCGUUUAACUUACUGCACCACUGAAAUUCUACUCCAACAUAUAAUUGAGCAUAAACAUAUGUUGAAUUAUACGCACAUUAUAUUGGAUGAAAUUCAUGAACGUGAUCAAAAUUUAGAUUUUCUAUUACUUGUUGUUAAAAGAUUAUUACAAAUAAAUUCUAGACAGGUCAAAGUUAUUCUCAUGUCGGCAACAAUCAAUGUAACAAAAUUUGCAAAAUACUUUUCAAAUGAAUUAGCAGUACCAAUUAUCAAAAUUCCCGAAAAGAGAAAUUUUGAAAUAUGUACGUAUUAUUUGGAUGAGAUAACAAAUCUAGGGAUUAUACCGGAAGUAUCUGCUGUGGAACCAAAGAUCACUCAAAAUAUGAUCAAUUUUUGCUCGCUUAUUGUCGACGCUUUAGAUAAAAUUGACAUAAAUGAUAACGAAGGAAAUUCAAAUUCAUUUCAAAGACAUGCUGUUCUUAUAUUUUUACCAGGACUUUAUGAAAUUGAAGAGUUGUAUAAUUACUUGACAUUGACUUAUCACAAAGAUAAAUUAUGGGAUCUGGUGAUUUUACAUUCAUUGAUUUCUGGUGAUGACGAACAGUUACGUGUUUUUCACAAACCACCAGAAGGUUAUAGACGCAUUAUACUUUCUACAAAUAUUGCUGAAAGCAGUAUUACUGUGCCAAAUGUAAAAUAUGUAAUAGACUUUUGUCUUGUGAAACAACUAAUCAAGGAUCCCAUCAGUCAAUAUCAAACUUUAAAACUUUGUUGGGCAAGUAAAACAAAUUGUAUACAACGAGCUGGUCGCACGGGUCGUGUAAUGGAUGGUAGAGUGUACAGAUUAGUACCAAAAGCAUUUUAUGAUAAUAUUUUAGAUGAUGAGAGUACACCAGAAAUGCUUCGCGUUCCGCUCACUAAUGUUAUUCUUCGUGCUAAAGCUCUUGAUAUUGAUGAGCCACGUAUACUUCUUUCGCAGUCCCUCGAUCCACCUAGUCUUUCUAAUUUGGCAAACAAUAUUCUAAUCUUAAAAGAAGUCGGGGCCUUAGUAAAUGAGGACAAUUCUUACCUACCUUUCGAUGGAAAAUUAACUGAUCUUGGCAAAAUAAUGGCGCGUCUUCCGCUCGAUAUUCGAAUUUCGAAGUUUAUCAUGUUGGGCCACGUUUUUGGAGUAUUACGAGAUGCUAUUAUUAUGGGAGCCAGUAUGUCUGUUAAGGAUGUUUUUAUUCUUGAAAGAUGCCAUCCUACUGUUUCUUCAUAUAUUACACGAAAAAAAUGGGCUCGUGGUUCUAAUAGUGACUGCAUCGCUACUUUAAACGUUUAUAAAAUGUGGCAGAAUGAAAAGGCAAACCGUCGAUUAAACACUUAUCAAGCCGAGAGACAAUGGGCCCAAAGAAAUGGGCUCCAUUUAAAGACUCUUCGUGAAUUGGAUGCUCUAGCGAAUGAAGUCACUAAUAGAUUAUUCCAUUUGGGAAUUAAAGAGAGUACUGGAAUAAACAAAAUCAUUUGGGAAGGUAUAGAACGUGAUUUUGUACUUCAAGUCGCUCUUGCUGGAGCCUUUUAUCCUAAUUACUUUAUUAAACGUUUGCACAAUCGUGAAGUCCACAAAGAAAAUAUUACGAUGUCUCUGGGAGCUCUAGAUCCCAUGAAGACAGUCUAUUUAAAAGGUUGGCCAAUAAAACAACCUGGAUAUAUAUAUGCUAAGAAAUUUCAAGCACUCUUUUCCAAGUAUCUAGGAAUUCCAGAAAAGCAAAUAGCAGUAUUUUUUGAUGGAACGCAACGCAUUUACGUGCAAUUUCGUGAAAAAGAAAUAGACAUUGAUAACAGUCUUCAAAAUAUAUCUGACUCUGUUUAUCAGGCUGUCAUGAUGAGACAAUGCAGUGUACCGAUAAAAAUACAGUUAUUGAAUAUAAAAGAAGCAAAUGAAAUGGCGAAACAUUAUAAUUUUCAUCAAUUCGAACGGAAUCUUUUCUUUCGUAAAAAUUUUAGGAAAAUGGAGAUUGAUGUUCCUGAAAUUGGACCGGAAUUGCCAGGACUUGAUAUAACUGUUAUACCUUUAUUUAUACAAAAUAUUAUCAGUCCUGGAUAUUUCUGGGCCACUUUCGAUGAUGAUACCACUCGUAGUAAAUUACGAUUUAUACAAAUGCAUCUCAAUAAAUAUCCCUUGCAAAAAUGUGACUCUAUUUUAAAAUCAUCAGCCAUAAUCGCUGCCCCGAGAGAAAAUAAUGAUUCUUUCACUUAUCAUCGUGCCAUAAUUGAAGAAUUUAUCUCAGAAAUUGGAGAACUAGUAGAUGUUUUCUUUAUCGAUCUCGGUUGCUUUUCUAGAAUACGAUUCUGUGAUUUAAGAGAAAUUAAUAAUAUUGCAGUUUUGAAAAUUCCUCCUUUAGCAUUUCGUUGCAAUCUGAGUUCUUUACGACCUUCAAGUCAAAGAAAUAUUUACGGUCAGUGGUCGGAACAGUCGCAAAACUAUUUUCUGAUGAAAAUUAAGGAAAGUAAGAAGAAAUUUGGAAAAAUUUAUUCAGUUGUUGAUAGUAUUAUUAAUAUAGAAUUGAUCGUUGUUAAUGAAGAAGGAGAUGAGUUUAAUCUUAAUGAAGAUUUAAUUAAAAAAGGAUAUGCUGUGAGAAGAGAAGAAGGUUAUUUAUCAAAACAUAAUCAUGAAUUGAGAGAACAUAAUGAUAUUACUGCGAUGACAAAAGAGGAGAAAAUAUUUUAUGAGAAGGAACAAUAUGACAAAUAUCAUUCAUUGAAAUAUCCUAAUCCACCGAGUGAAGAAAACUGUACGUCUAGUGUAAGACUCCAAGGUCCAUAUUCUCCCUUAGAAAUGGAGUUGUCACAGUUACUAUUAAAAAAAUCAAAAAAGAUAAUUGUAGAGACAAAUUCCAUUAAUUCCGUUCUUCUGGAUAACAAUUUUGAUCAAUCAGAACGCCUUUUAAUUGCACAGAGUGUUACACAAUCCAAUAAUAAUAAUACUUUAAUACUCAGAAAUACGACAUAUCUGCCAAAUAUUCCUGGACUUGCGGCAUUGCUUACGUUGAUUUUUACGCCGCGUAUGGAGUUGAGAUGUAAUUCUCGUAGAACUUAUUACACAGGAGCUUUAUGCGGCUUAGGCCCGAUAGAUAAUUGUAAUAAGCGGGCUAUAUUUCCUGAUCACGAUAUAGAAAUUCAAUUUGAUAUAGAAAUUACAAUGGACGAUAUA